UAUAUUAUUUCAUGUCUGACUCCCUUUCACAUUUUUCUUCCUAUGUUUUUCUUUCCUUUCUUGGCAAUUAAAUACUUUUCCUUCACUUUUCAUUCCUUAGCUAGCUGGUUUCAACUUGCAACAUUUUCUUCUCAGCAUCUUAUUAUAUCUAUUGCAUUAUAUAGCUAGUUCUCAUAUUACACCAACACCUUGAUUUUUGCUCAUUCUUUUUCUCAAUUGUGAUAAAGAUGUUACUUCGAAGCUCCUCUGCACCAAUUCUGAGUUCUUUGACUGAGCCAGAACACAUUCUUCACCUUCCUAGAACAACAUCAGUUUUAAGUCUAAGCCAAACCUUAGCAGACAUAAACCUUCAAAACUCAUCAUCAAGUUUUAAGAAGAAAAAUUGUGUCCCACGUAGUCAUGUUCUUAGAAACCAACAUAGUAGCACAAAGAUCAAAGAGAGAAAUGGAGUGAAAGAUCCACAGCUAAAAACUAGCAUGAAAGCACAAUCUUCUAUUCAGGAACUGCUUCCAAGCCCUGGAUUAGACAUGGGAGUCGUGGAUCAUAAAAAGUAUGGUGUUGGGAAGGAAGCUAAGAGGUUACAGACUUCAGUGGUGGGUGGUGGGAUGGGAAGAAAUGGUGGUUGUGAUGGUAGCGGAGGAGGGUGGGAUUUUUCUGAAGGAAGUAAUCAUGGUAGAGACAAGACAGAUGCUUAUUACCAAAACAUGAUUGAAGCAAACCCUGAUGAUGCUCUUUUGCUAGGAAAUUAUGCAAAGUUUUUGAAAGAGGUUCGUAGAGACUAUACUAAAGCAGAAGAAUAUCUUGAAAGGGCGAUUUUGGCUAGUCCUGGUGAUGGUCAUACUCUGUCCCUGUAUGCUGAUUUAAUAUGGCAAACAGAAAAGAAUGCUGAUCGAGCUGAACAAUACUUUAAUCAAGCUGUUCAAAGUGCCCCAGAAGAUAGUUAUGUCCUAGCUUCAUAUGCUAAUUUCCUGUGGGACGCUGAAGAUGAAGAAGAUAAAGACAGUCAAAAUGAAUUGGAUCACAGCCGUAAUGCAUAUCCAAAUCCAACCGAUCUCUUUCAAGAAAAUAACCAUCACCCUCAUCUCACUGCAGCCUCAUAAGCCUUACCUAUCAGUCUUGGAAGAGAAGGUUAUGGGUAGUUUGCAUGACUAAUGAAGCAUUUAGUCUUAAACAAUCACACAUGCACCUUUUUUAGCUUUUGAAGUGGCUGAUGGGAAGGACUUGUUUAAUGGAGAUGUCUGUCUAUUGUAAAUAGCUUAUAGCAUGUUUAAAUCGGCUUAUUUUUCUUAAAAUCAAUUCUGGCACUGGAGUAUAAUAAUAGAAAGCCGCUUUUAGUGCCUCAUGGGCUAGCUAGUGAGUAGUAAGGCUUCCAAUGAUUUAUCUUUUGAGAGUAUUUAGUUUUGCAGAUGCUAUGGUGUAACAUAUUCCUUUCAUUGUUUAUAUUGUGUCUUCAAUUCGAUUUGAUUUACCAAAAAUGGAGUAUUCACCUCAUGGUGAACAGUCCACAUGGUUAUCCCAUAUUUUGAGGAAAAAAAUGUUGAGAAGGGACCAUCAAUAUUAUGAUGCUAGCAUUAAUACUUAAGGGUGUAUUAUAUUA